AUGAAAGAGAGAGCAAUCAGUUUGAAUGAAAAAGCCAAUUUCAAGGUUCUAAUCUACGAAAAUGUUUUUUACAAAGGCUCUGGUACAAUGUUCUUCCAUGAUGUAUAUGACAGCAUUGUUGUUGUUGAUAAAUUCUGUUCACUCGAAAAUUAUAAUCUCACUGAAGGCCAAUUUGUAGAUUUUCAUUCAAGUAUAAACGCUACAAUCACCCGAGGAUCAAUUUUAAAUGGAGGGAGUACAGCUACUUCAACUGCUAUGAUUGUUCAAAAUUAUGGCGAUUCAGUCCUGUCGUACACAAACAUAACGCAUUGUUACUUGAAACAAGAUGCUGCUUUUGUUUAUGGAAACGUUCAGAGCUCAGCCAAUAUUUCGUACUGUCAAAUUGAAAAAAUAGACUCAGACGAUAGGUUAUCAACGAUAGAUAAUUGUUUAGGAUAUAUUGAAAGAAGCCAUUAUUUAAAUAACACUCAAAAUGCAUCAGAUAAAGGAAUAAUUACUGUGAAUAUACAAACGCUUGAAAUCUAUGAUUCUCUUUUCUUGAACAACCAACAGAAUGAGAUAGGUUAUUUAUUUGAUGCAGAUGAUUACGGAAGUAUUACUAUUUGCCGAUGUUUUAUUCAACAAGAUAUAAAUUAUUGGAAUGAUAGUAGUAUAUGUGGACGGGUUGUGUGA